AUGCCUCCCCAGCCACAGAACAAGUUCCUCUUCGAGGGUAAACCUCUCCCCCUUGCCCUCGAGGAAUGGGACAGCUGCGUGGACGAGGUGCAAGAGACUGCGCUGUGGAAACCCAAAGUAAUUUACGAGAAGGGAGAGCCCAAGCCUGCCAGCUUCGAUCUUAACCGCGUAUCACGCGUUUACGCGAUCACACUCUACCUGUACGCCGAGAAAAAGAACAAGACAUCCUGCAUCAACUGUACUGCCCAUCAGUCCCGAGGUCCGCUUAUGAGUCAGCUGUUCAAGUCGCAAGGAACUUGCAAGAAGCGGAAGCAGGAGCACAAGGAGGAGGAGCGCAAAGUUGGCGUAUUGACUUGUGAAAAUGCGCGGGUCCGUACGGUAUCAGAUCUUGAGGCAUGGCUCGACCUCAUUCAGCGGGAGCUCCAGAGACGUGCCGAGCACAAGGUCAGAAUGGCUACACCCGAUGAUUUGUAA